GAGCUGGACAUUCAGAGGAACCUGCAGGCUGUGCUCCCUGGGCUAAGCACCCUGGCCCCUGCCCUGCAAAGCAACCAAGGCAUGUGGAGGUGGUCCCUGCACAAGAAGGUCGAGCGAGAUCCUAGUAAGAGCCCAGCACUGGUCCACAUUCUGCUCAGAGAACUGGAGAAGGUGGAAAGUGAGGGCCUCCAGCAUGUCAUCAUUCCCUUGCUGCACACUGUAAUGUACGUGCUUACCAAGGCCACAGGAAUCACAGAGGAGCUCUCCCAGAGAACCUAUGCCUUUUGAACAAGAUUGCUGACCCUGCCCACCCCUUACUGCACAGUCGCCUUGGACUGCAUGACAAGGCUGAAAACGGAGACGGCCGUCCCAGGGACACUGUACCAAAGGAUGGUCAUUGCCAAACAGAACUUGAUGAAUGAACCAUAUCCCUACCAGGAGAGAGUGUUCCUCUUCGUGGAUCCUGAGCUGGUGUCUGCCUCUGUGUGCAGUGCUCUGCUACUGGAGAUGAAGGCAGCACAGGUGCAGCAGAGGCCAGAGGCCUGCAUGUGGCACGUGGUCUCCCAUGCCCUGCAGGUGGCUCUGGGGGAGGCCUGCCAUGAAGGUGUUCUGCACAGGAAGCUGCAGGCCAGCUCCCCCCAUACCCUGGAGCACUAUUUCCAUGCCAUGGUGGCUGCUGUGGAACAGAUGGCCAGCGAGGCCAGCCGGAGCCUGACAGGACAUGUGGAGAGGCUGGAGGAGAUUUACUGCUCGCUGCUGGGGCCAACUGUGGGGCACUGCUGCGGUGACCCUGUCCAAGAGUGGCCACCAAGCAUUCCCCUGCCCAGCCUUUCCAUAACCUUCCACCUGUGGACUGGCAAGGAGCAGCUCUGGAAGGAACUGGUUCUCUUUCUCCACCCAAGAUCUCAGCUGCACCUCAGUACUGACUUGGAGAUCUUGAAUCUGCAGGGCCUCCGGCCAGACCAGGAGUUGGCCUGGGUGUCCGUGUUGUCCACCGACAGUGGCAUCAAGUGGGACCUUCCCCUGGGUGCUGAUGAGCUACCUGCACCCAGCAGCCCCGAGAUGGAGCAAGCUGGGCUGCAGUGCAAAGGAGGCAUUAAGAAGCAUGUGUGGCCCCUGGACUUCUUGAUGCCUGGAAGCUGGGAUGGGCCCCCAGGUCUGCACCGGAGAACAGGCAGGCCCAGUGGGGAUGGGGAAGUGCUUCCUGGUGUCUCUCAGCUGCACACAGUCUGGGUACUUGUGCUGGGAGAUGACAGAAUGCUGGGGCACCUGGCCUAGGCCUACCAUAGACUCAGGAAACAGGAGACCCAGAAGUUCUGCCUCACUCCCAAACUCAGCCUGCAGCUCUACUACAUCCCAGUGCUGGCACCUGAGAAGCCUGCAGCAUCCAGGCAGCCAGAGCUGGGAGAGCUGGCUGCGUUCCUGGGCCACGUAGAUCCAUGGUACCAGAGCACCGUCAAUACACUGUGCCCCGCCAUCCACAAGCUGGCUGAGAUGCCUCCUUCCCUGGACACAUCCCGGAUUGUGGACCACUUCAUCCUAGAUGUCCUCACCUACUAUGUCCACAUGGGCACCCAACCCAUUUACUUCCAGAUCUAUACAGUCAAGAUCUUCUUCAGUGACCUGAGCCAAGACCCUGCUGAGGACAUUUUCCUCAUUGAGCUCAAGGUGAAGAUCCAAGAUUCUAAAUUCCCCAAAGAUGGCUUUUCACCCAGGAGGAGAAGCGUGGCCAAGGGCCCAGGGGCAGAGCUCUCCCUGUGUUACCAGAAGGCCUUGCUCAGCCACUGGCCCCGAGAGGUCACUGUUUCCCUGUGGCCCACUGGGCUGGUCCUGAAGGCCAUUCCAGCCAGCAACACAGAAGUUUCAGGAUCUCCUCAUUGCCGCCUGCCUGCUGCUCCUGUCACAGACCACACGUGUCUGAAUGUUAGCGUGACAGAGGUCGUCAAGUCCUCCAACUUGGUGGAAAGGUCCUUCUCUGGUACGGUGGCCAGUGGCAGCCAGAAGAGCCUGGCUGCCGGGGCUCAGAGCGCUCCUUGCAGGCCCCGGGACGCGCCCCUUGCGCACCUGCGAACUUGCGGGCGGGUAGCCCGCGGUGGCGGCUCGCGGGACGCCGGCCCUACCCACACACCCCCGCCCCCACCGCUUCUCUCCCUCCGGGCGGGAGGACCUGAGGGCGUUGGCUGGGGGCGGGCGUUAAUCUGGUGA